AUGUCUUCUUUUAGAAUUGGGUUUAAAAAAAUUUACUUUCCAAAUAUAAUUUUUAGUCUCGUACGCACUCCAACUCUUCCACCAAAUCAAGUAGCAUUUCGUGUCCCACCUAAUAUUAACAAACUUGAUAUUCGUGAUUAUUUAUUUCACGUAUAUAAACUUAAAGUUGUUGAUGUACGUACGAUGAAUUAUGGCGCAAAACGUCCAGUUAAGAAAUCCGAUGGCAUUUUGAGAGGUAAAUUUACUUCGAAAUAUAAAAAAGCCAUCGUUACACUAGCAGAAGAUUUCGCAUAUCCCCCGCCGCCUGAUAAAUCUGAGAUGGAAGAGUAG